AUGGCCAUGGCUGAGGAGCCAUGGCCCAGGUGCGCCUCAAAUCACAGCCCUAACACCAACAACUUCCAGGACCUGGGCGGCUCCAUCCUGCUGCUGCUGGGCCUGAUCAUCUGCAUUAACAUUGGCAUCAAUAUGGUGACACUGCUCUGGCUCAGACUCCGUGGCUUCCUACACUGCAUGUUCUGCCGUAUUGUUUGUGAGAAAGAAGCUUCUAAAUCAUCCUCACAUCGAAAGAAGACCCGGCCCCCCAAGCAGAGCUCCCCUGCAGUCCACCUUCGAUGCACCAUGGACCCUCUGAAAAUGACCCUGACACCCCCGCCCACUCGCCGCCAUUGCCACCGAAGCUCAUCAUCACGCUGUGCCCACCACCCAACCACCUGGGCCCCUGACGCUGACAAUGAGAAGCCCCUUCAUCAGCAUCCGGCAAUCUGCUCCCACAACUGGGAUCGCCCCCCAGACUGGGAAGGCUUCCAGUCCGCCCACGAGGCCUGGGGUCCCUGGGCCCAGGACACCGUGGAGCCGCCUCCCCAGGCCAUCCACUUCCAGCAGACCAUAAAGGCGAGGCCCCUCAAAAGAGAGAUGCGGUCAGAUCUGGCUCUAGAGGCCUAUGUGUACCCUGUGAACCCCCCAGCUGCCGGCCCUCACGUCCUGAACCGCAAGAACAGUGGAGGCGGGACAGGGGUCGAGGGGGAGCAGGAGCAGUGCUCGCCUGCCCCCCCAGCUCCACCGCCCAUCAGGGGUCCAGCCAUGGUCCCAGAUGUCCCCCGGCGUCCCUCUUCAGUCCGCAUAGCAUAUGACGCCCGUGACGUGAGGCGGCGGCUUCGGGAGCUGACCAGGGAGGUAGAGGCUCUGUCCCACGGCUACCCCAUGCCCUGCGGAUCCAGCACUGCUGAGGGGAUGGGCAAGGACUGGGUAUACCGUCCCCUGGCAGAGAGGUGA